AUGUCUUUAAGCUCAGAUGAAGAGGAUGAGAUCCUCUCAGACGCCCACUUGGAAAGUUCAUCAGGAGAAGAAGAUUCUCCCCCUCGCCAACUAUCACAAAACCUCUUCGCACCUCCAUUUUACGGGCGACCACCUACGCCUUUACCCCCUUCGCCAUCACUUACUUCUCUUCUACGACCUUCAAGGCCAACGACACCAGAUGCAUCUGAUGAUGAUGCCAUCGCACCUGUGCCUCGUGCUGCGCCAAAGGUGCCGACGUACGAGUACUACGGCUUCGUACUGUAUCUCUUCAGCAGCCUAGUUUUUCUCAUCUACCUCCUCUGGGGCUACCUGCCCUCCCCGUUCCUCCAUGCGCUGGGUAUAUACUACUACCCUAAUCGAUGGUGGGCGCUUGCCAUACCGGCAUUUAUCGUCAUGACGGUUGUGUACAUCUACGUCGCGCUCGCGGCGUAUAACACAGAGAUGCUUACAGUGCCAUUAUCAAGCGUGGAGACUGUCGUUGAUGGGGCGGGAAAAUUGGCAGAAAUUGAUGCUAAGGGACGAUUGAAGGGGAGUAGGAAUCGAGAGAGAAAGGUUCAGGCAGAUGGGAGGUUGAGAUGGAGAGAGAUUUGGAGUGAAGGAACGGAUGCGGUGAUGGAUAUACCGCUGGCAGGCGUUUGUGAGGUGUUGUAUGGGGAGGGAAGGGAGGAGGAGGGAGAGUAUAUUGAUGAUUACUGA